GCAAACCAUCCUCAACCUCCACCCUCAGGGAACCAGUACUGAAAGCACAUCACCUCUUAUGUCUGCAUCGCUACUCUGCUCACCAAUUCUCCCUGACACCACCAUCGACAGCCGGCGCCACCGCUUGAGCUACAACAACAUGACCAAAAUGUCUACCUGCGUCGAUAACUCUAGAUCCCAGACCACAACAAACCCUCUCAGCUACGAUUCUGAUCGAACCCAGAUCUUUGAUAAUCCUGAUCUCUACGAGUAUGUCUCCUUCGAUGAUGAUGAAGAUGAUGAGGUGUGGUUGAAGGUGAGAGAAGAAGCCCAGUGGGAUGUAGAGCAAGAACCCAUCUUAUCAAGCUACUACUUCAGCACAAUCCUAGCCCAUGAUUCUCUGGAGAGUGCUCUAGCUACACACUUAGCCACAAAAUUGAGCAAUUCCACCCUUCCUUCUGAUGCCCUUACUGGAGUCUUCUAUGGCGUCUUCAAGGAUGACCCAGAGAUCAGGAAGGCGAUAAGGGCUGAUCUCAGGGCGGCCAAGGAACGUGACCCGGCUUGUAUCAGUUACGUACACUGUCUUCUUAACUUUAAGGGCUUUCAAGCUUGCCAAGCCCAUAGGGUGGCCCAUAAGUUGUGGUCUCAGGGCCGGAAUGUAUUGGCCCUCUUAAUUCAGAACCGAGUCUCCGUGGUUUUCGCGGUGGAUAUCCACCCGGGAGCGAAGAUUGGGCGGGGCAUUUUGCUGGACCACGCGACCGGGGUUGUGAUUGGUGAGACGGCGGUGGUGGGUAACAAUGUGUCUAUCCUACAUAAUGUUACCUUAGGGGGUACAGGCAAGUCAUCUGGUGAUAGACACCCUAAGAUUGGAGAUGGGGUGUUGGUGGGUGCAGGGACUCAUGUUUUGGGUAAUGUUAGGGUUUGUGAAGGGGCUAAGAUUGGUGCCGGGUCGGUGGUGCUGAAGGAAGUACCCGAAAGGGCUACUGCGGUUGGAAACCCGGCAAGGAUCCUUGGUGGGAGGGAGAAGCCCAUUAGGUUGGAUAAGUUGAGUAAGCUCCCUGGUAUCACCAUGGAUCAUACCUCUUUUCUAUCAGACUGGUCUGAUUAUGUGAUAUAGGGAAGGGGGAAUUGGAACAUUGCUUAAUCCUUCCACCAGUUAAUAUAUUGUCUUAAGCUCUUAUAUUAUCUUGUUAGCUUGUGUUGUAAAAUGUGAAGGAUUGGAUUCAAGUUCUCCUUGAAUUCAUAUAAAUAUAUGGUGGUCUUGUUAUAGUGUCUUGUAAUAAUGUAGUUUGGAUAAUGAGAAUUUGAGUUCUAAAA